UGAUGAUCGACGCCAGCCUGCCACCACUCUGUAGCAGUGAGUGGCUGCAACAAAAGCACAGAAUAACAUCUCAGCUCCUCUCCUCUGCUUUUCCCCUCACUGCAUCUCCUCUUCCUCGGUACCGAGAACUCCACACAACACAGCAGAGCCACACGGAACUGGCGUCGCAAGUGCAGCCUCAGCCUGCCAUCAACAAGUUAGGGAUGAAGGACCUCGAGCAAUGAAAGAGGAAUGAGUGAUCUUCAAUUAACCAAUUGAGCUGACAUCAUUGCGGUGGAAAAGGAAAGAGCAGCUAAGGGACGGAGGGAUCUGCUCAGCGGUGCUGCUUUGGAUGCAAAUCAUCAACUUCGAAUUUAAGGAUUCUUGGAAGGCAAAUAAUGCUGGUCUUUUCUUAAUCUGGGAAUUGAAUAGCAGGACUGACAAAAGGACAGACCGAGGGAAAAAAGAGAAAAAAACAGCAUCCCAGGACAUGGAAUGCCUGAAUUUGGUUCAACUGGGGGGGCUCAGCACUUCUUUAUUUCUGAAGAGCUUGAUUCCUUUUGUAUUUACCCAAAAGGUUUUUUUCCCUUUGGAUUUCUCUUCCAUCUGGCUGCUCCAAAAGUCUGCGGAAAAAGACAGUUGAAUGCAGCCUCCGAUGUACACAAAAGAAUGGGUUUCCAUUCAAGGUGGCCAUUGGUGGGACAAGCACCAGCGGCACUUUGUGUGAUCAGCAUGCUACUGUGCCUCCCUGUGUCAUGCACAACCUGCCCCCAGAAAUGCCGAUGUGAAGACCUGCAGUUUUACUGCGACACGCAGGGGCUCCUGGCGCCCCCAGACGGUGUGGAUAAAGGGGCCCUUGGACUUUCGCUCAGACACAACAGCAUCAGCGAGCUCAGCUCAGACCAGUUCUUUGGCUUCACCCAGCUCACUUGGCUUCACCUGGACCACAACCAAAUAACCACCGUGCAUGAGGAUGCCUUCCAGGGGCUGUACAAGCUCAAGGACCUUAACCUGAGCUCAAACCGCAUCACCAAGCUGCCAAACACAACCUUCAUCCACCUCAUCAACCUGCAGAUCUUGGAUCUCUCCUUCAACCAGAUGACAGCUCUGGAGCCUGAGCUCUUUCAUGGGCUCCGGAAACUCCAGAUCCUACACCUGCGGUCAAACUCGCUGCGCACGACGCCCGUGCGGGCCUUCUGGGACUGCCGGAGCCUGGAAUACCUUGGCCUGAGCAACAACCGGCUCCGUAGCCUGGCCCGGAAUGGCUUCGCCGGGUUAAUUAAGCUGCGGGAGCUCCAUUUGGAACACAAUCACUUGACCAAGAUUAACUUGGCGCACUUCCCUCGUCUGGUCGCCCUCCAGUUCCUUUAUCUUCAGUGGAACAAGAUCAACAAUUUAACAUGCACCAUGGAAUGGAAAUGGACAACUCUGGAGAAACUGGAUCUCACUGGGAACGAGAUACGUGUACUCACCCCCGACGUGUUUGAGACUUUGCCCAACCUCAAGAUCCUGCUGCUGGAUAACAACAAACUGACUAGCCUCGACACCCAAACCAUGGAUAUGUGGAAGUCCCUAAACGCGAUUGGGUUGUCGAGCAACCUAUGGGAAUGUACCAAACGGAUCUGCAAUUUGGCCACUUGGCUGAGCACCUUUAAGGGUCGAUGGGAGCAUUCUAUCCUCUGCCACAGUCCUGAGUACGCACAGGGCGAGGAAAUACUGGAUGCCGUUUACGGAUUCCAACUUUGCCAAAAUUUCUCGGCCCCGGUCGUACUGACCAGUACCAGCACAGAGGCCAUGCUCCCCGAGAUCACAAGCUCCCCGUUCGGAAAUAUGCAGACCCCUACGCAAGACUUCUAUGCAGAGGAUUUUGGGAGCUUUACGAUUGUCACCACUACUACCACCACCACCCAACCCCCAGGCACUGCCCUCGCAACAACCAUGACGGUGGAGGGGGCAGACGUUACAGAGGACUACUCUGCGAUGGACAACACAGUGCUGACCCAGAGGGUCAUCAUUGGCACCAUGGCUCUGUUGUUUUCCUUCUUUCUCAUCAUUUUUGUAGUGUACAUAUCACGUAAAUGCUGCCCUCCCACUCUGAGGCGGAUCCGCCAUUGCUCGGCCAUUCAGAACCGGCGACAGAUGAGGACCCAGCAGAGGCAGCCAAUGGCGGACCUGGCCACACAGGUGCCCUAUAACGAGUACGAGCCCAGUCACGAGGAGGGUGCACUCGUGAUCAUCAAUGGCUACGGGCAGUGCAAAUGUCAGCAACUGCCUUACAAAGAGUGUGAAGUAUAAACUAUUUAUUCCUGCAGUUUCUGGUUUUAACCAUUUGUCCAUUUCAAAAGA